AUGAAACCAAAAAAAGAAUCCACGGCACAAUACCAAAGAAACGAAAACUCACCGAACUUACCGCCUGGAACUAACAACAUGAAAUCAAAAACUCCAGCAAUAACCAAAACAGUUCUCACAAAUAACACCACCGAAAUCAACGAAAUCACGCUAACGAAGACUAACAAACAAAACUCUAGUAAUGAAACCACCAAAAAUGACAAAAGUAGCUAUAGCACUAACAGCGAUACUUGCUCUAGAAACGACGAUGAAAACUCCAAGAGCGGAGUUACCAGUAAUGGAGACAACAUAAUGGCAAUUCCAGGAACAACGACACCAACACGACUCGCUACCCAUAAAUCUAAAAAAAAGGCGCAGUAA